CCAGAAAAGCAAUGUUCCUUUUGGGAAAAGGUAAUCCCCCCAUUGCAUCACACACAUUGAUCCCUCUCCCCUUUCCUCAUCUAUAUAAAGCGCUCUAGCUCUCAUAACUCCUAGGACACCAUGUUCCGUUUCCAACGGCAGCGGACCUCAUCGUCCAAUGCCUUGACCAUUGUGGAGCUUAAUGUCCACAUGGACUGUGAAGGAUGCGAGAAGAGAAUACGGAAAGCAAUCUCCAAGUUGGAUGGGGUUGAUACUGUGGACAUAGACAUGGAUAAACAGAAGGUGACUGUCACUGGAUAUGUGGAUCAGAGGAAGGUCCUCAAGGCGGUGAGGCGGACGGGAAGGAAGGCCGAAUUCUGGCCGUACCCUUAUGACUCUCAGUACUACCCAUUUGCCAUUCAAUAUCUCGAGGACUCGACGUACACGUCAACUUAUAAUUACUACCGGCAUGGAUAUAACUCAAGUGUGCUUGGAUAUUUUCCUGACCCAGCUUACUCUGUGAUAGUUGAUGAUCAGAUGGCUGCAGUCUUUAAUGACGACAAUGUUCAUGCAUGCGUGAUCAUGUGAAGAUGGCGCUUGUGUUUUUCUAAUGUUUAGUUAGUAUGAUAAUACAAAGAAAGACAAGUGGAUUUCUCUAGUGGUUCUACCUAUGAAAAAGAUUCAUGUAUGUUUCUCUCACAGAAUAUAUUCUUGCGCUACAGCGAGGCAACAAAAAAAAAGACAAAAGAAAAUAAAAAUAAAGGGUAACUAAUAGAUGGAAUAGAAUAUGUAGGGUUCUUUAUGGACCCACUAUCUGGCAAAUUAUGUGCAAUUUUGUGCUGCAGGCUACCUUGGA